AUGAUGAGCACAUUCAAUCGGAAACGAUUCGAUAAGUAUCUGCUUUCGCUAACUUUUAAAGUCUAUUCCAUUCUUUUUUACAAUUUUUUCAUUUCUAAAACUAUUAAACACGCACUCCUAGAAAUCAGCUGCUUCAUUGACCUUAUGACUCAAUCUAAAUCCAAGAUCAUUGUCUUACCUACACCAAGUUUAAAAACAUGUCCCGUAUCAACUAUUCAACAGUUAGUUGAUAUAAUUAACAAAGGUUACGAAAAACCAAUGAUUAAAUAUAACUUAGUCCAAACGCAGAGAAUUAGAGGACCAGCCGUUUUCUUCCAAGAACUAGCUCUUGCAGAUGAUCGUUCCUUAUUGUAUCUGACGGUCAAAGAUACCGAAGAAGUUUCUGGAGCUUUACAGGAAGACACUACUAUUGGUGACUACGAAUUUUUCACAAUAAAAUCCAAUGAAUCAUACAACUUCACUCCUGACAAUGUUCAGGCAACCAUAGCAUAUAGACCUAACCCACAAGAUGACGCACCAAACACUUUUGAAGUUACAGCUUUUACGUCAUUUAUUAGGAAUGGUGGUUUGGAUAUAUUCAAUGCAACUUUACCUCAUUUCAAGAAAAUUGACCAAAAAUGUGAUAGACUUUUGGUUAAAGUCAUUGCCGAUCAUGAAUUGGUACCAUACUAUGAAAAUAAAUUGGACUUUAUAGAGACUCAUAGAGUCCUAGUUCCAAAAUCACAAUUGGAAAAAUCCGGUUUCCAUGAUACAUUUAGAGUAUCUAGAGAUUUUCAUGUUGCAUCAAUGAUAAGAGAUAUUUAA